AUGAAGUCGAUGAUGGUCUCGGGGGGCAGGCCGAGCCGAAAGUCUGCUCGGCGGGCUAGGAGGGCCGUGAAGAACUUGUUGGAGAAGUUGGCGUCGGGGAAUGACGACGAGGGGGAGGAGGGAGAAGAGGAAACGGGUGACGAUGGUGGGGAGUCUGAGGGAGAGGAGGCAGGAGGGACCGAGGGGGAGGUGAGUGGUGGGGAGGGAGACGACGAGGAUAUUCCGUCAGGUGGGGAAGGACGGCCUAGCCGGAAAAGGACCCGUCAAGAUGAGAGUGACGACGGUGGGAAGAAGCCGCGGAGGUCUCGACGGGAUCGAUCUCCAUCUCGAUCCUCAUCAUCAUCGGAGGGGGAGGAGGAAGUGGAAAAGCCAAGGAGACAAUAUACAAUCCCUACAAAUCGGGCUUUUUUUUCCGCCACCGACUUGGAAAUCCUUGAAGAGGAAUUUAAGAAAAACAAGAGCCCCAAAAUGAAACGGCGAAACGAAUUGGUCGUGCUUUUAAAUAAGGCAUCGCCUGCUGAUCCACCGAAGACCCCAAAACAACUACGGAAUUGGUUCACACAUAGGUUAACUAAACCUGCCAGUGGCCGCCCAAGUAACAAGCAAUAUUCCCCACAGCAGCUUACCAUCUUGGAGGCGUCGUUCCAGAAUGGUCCCAACCCUGACCCUGAUGAGAAAGCCCGUCUGCUUGGCCUAGUUGGCUUCACCAGGACAAAAUUGAGAUUGUGGUUCUCAGAUCGACGGCAAAGAGGCCCCCCACUAUUAUUGAACAUUCGUCCCCCGGCAAUGCCGUCUCGUAACACUCUCCCUCGAGUUUUCACUUGGACGAAAACAAGAGCCGGGGAGAGGAUGACUUGGCGUGAGGUGACGAAGGAAGAUAAUAUAUGUGGGAUGUGGAAGGUAUAUUUAACCUUUUGGGAGAAUCCAAUGGGCCAGCUGAUGGGAACAUCUGUCUGCAUCACUGCUAGUGACGACGCGAACGAGGCAGCACAAGUAAUCUACGACUCCAUCAUGAAUGGAACUAAUAUCGCUUGCAGCUUCCGACUCUUCGUUCGAGAGAACAAUUUGCGAAUCCGUCCCAACGGUUCAAUCAAGCUGGGCCUGUACGGGGAGACGGAACUUGCGGCAAAGAAGAUCAAAUGGUAUCUUCGUUGGAUGAUUAAGGCCAUGGGGACCUUCAAACCCCUCGAGAGUAUCCAGCUUCUUAACGGUGUUGUCGGCUACCUUAAUGAGGUGGCCAGGCAAUGCCUGGAUUUAAUGGAUCCGAAGACCCAACGAUGGAUGGCUUUCUCUGCUGCCGCGAUAGACCUCCACAUCGCCGACUACAACAACCCCUUCCCUGGGACGGAUAAAAAGUUGGAAAUGAGGUUCGAGUUCCAGGAAGAGUAUGGGUUUGACCCUGGGGCGGUCACCACCCAGGUCGUCACCCAACCGGGAAUGGUUACUUUCUUCCACGGGAUGCAACCCGGUACAACUCACCCACCCAUUGUUCUAUUGAUUUAAUUAUGCACUGACAUUUUUCUUGACUUUUUCCUUCUUGACU